GGUAACUUCUAGUUUGAUUAAGGAAACCACAGAAAAUGAAUCUGCUAAUGAAGGUUACUAGAUUCGAUCAAAAGGAAGAAACCUAUAAUAUUGUGGCUGCUCAUGGUUAUUUUGGACGAUUGAUCUUCCAAUAUGCUAGUUUCAACAAUUCUCGUUCUUUACAUUUCUUCCUAGCUGCUUGGCCUGUAGUAGGUAUCUGGUUUACCGCAUUAGGUAUUAGCACUAUGGCUUUCAAUUUAAAUGGUUUCAAUUUCAACCAAUCUGUAGUUGAUAGUCAAGGUCGUGUAAUUAACACCUGGGCUGAUAUUAUUAACCGAGCUAAUCUUAAUACCGCUUAUCCGAGUGAAUUUUACGGGCCCACUGGUCCAGAAGCUUCUCAAGCUCAAGCAUUUACUUUUCUAGUUAGAGACCAACGUCUUGGGGCUAAUGUAGGAUCCGCUCAGGGACCUACCGGUUUAGGUAAAUAUUUAAUGCGUUCCCCGACCGGAGAAGUAAUUUUUGGGGGAGAAACUAUGCGUUUUUGGGAUCUACGUGCUCCCUGGUUAGAACCUCUAAGAGGUCCCAAUGGUUUGGACUUGAGUAGACUUAAAAAAGACAUACAGCCUUGGCAAGAACGUCGUUCCGCGGAAUAUAUGACUCAUGCUCCUUUAGGUUCUUUAAAUUCCGUGGGUGGCGUAGCUACCGAGAUCAAUGCAGUCAAUUAUGUCUCUCCUAGAAGUUGGUUAGCUACUUCUCAUUUUGUUCUAGGAUUCUUCCUAUUCGUAGGUCAUUUAUGGCACGCGGGAAGAGCUCGCGCAGCUGCCGCAGGAUUUGAAAAAGGAAUUGAUCGCGAUUUUGAACCUGUUCUUUCCAUGACUCCUCUUAAUUGAGAUAUGAGAUCUAAUGCUUGAAGUAGGAAUCACGUUGAUUUUACCAUACAUAUAGGGUUGAGUCGAGCGGGUCAGAUUAAAAUC